AUGCCCGAUCUUUACUACAUCGAAGGAACGUCACAUGGAUGUGGCGAUGGAGUCACCGUUCGCAUACGUUGGAACGGCGCGAGAAUAAUAAUAUACCUCGAUCCAAACCCUUAUCUUGGUGCGAUAGAGAAUCUUCUUAUCGAGAAAUAUACAUCGGCAUGUCUUCGCGGUAACGAGGACGAACAGGACGCGGUUGACGACGAACUCCUUGAUGCCGUCAUUGGAGCUGGAGAGUCAAUACUUGAUCAUCUUGUUCCCCCAUCAGCAGAACCCCCGUCCGACCUCCAUUCAAUUCUCCUUCCGCCGCAAUAUUCCUUCAGUCUUACUACCGUGGACGGGACGCCGAAGCUCCUUCGGGAAGGAUCCUAUCGUCUGGAACUAUCCGAAAUCCCCGGGAAGGGUUACAAAAGGGACCUUCCUUCUCUCAGCCCACAGUUGCCAAGUCCACAGUUUCCAGUCUUCAACGUCCAGCUCAAGGUCAAAGAGGACCUUGGACUGCCUAGAUAUCUAACCACGGGGAUCCGGGUGCUCAAAAAGCUGUUGGGUGAUGGUUAUAUCUCGCAUGUUUUAGUGGACGGACGUGAUACGUGCGCCAAGGUUGGCCGUGAGUUUGAUGGAGGAGCUAUGCAGCGGGAACUGGACUGUCUCAGCAAGAUUACCGCCUACGCUACCCAGCAGUCCUUGAAAAUCCACGUGCCAAAACUUCUAGGACUCAUCGAGAUGCCUGAUAAUGGAAACAUUAUUGGAAUCCUCGAAGAAUUAAUCCCGCAUCCCAAGGACCCGGAAUUAUCAACGUUAGCAAGAAUCGAUGAUAUAUCCACAAUUUCUAAGGAGCGAAGGGAGACUUGGGCAACCCAGGUGCGAGAGACAGUCGACUGGCUGCACGGGAAUGGCAUCGUCUGGGGUGACGGGAAGGCGGACAAUGUUUUGAUACAUCCCGAUACUGAUGAACCUUGGCUGAUUGAUUUUGGUGGUGGGAACACACGCGGAUGGGUGGAUGAGCAUCUAGCCGGGACUUCUGAGGGCGAUGAUCAGGCGGUAAGGAGGAUAUUCGAGUUCCUGGAGGUUGCCUAG